AUGGCCUCGCUUGUGAGUGCGGUGAUGCCGAGCUCCGGCAACUGGAGCUCGCUUGCACGCUCUCAGCUGGAGGUUCUGCAGUCCUUGGUAAAGAAGCAUUUGGAGGACCCCUCACUCACUGACAUCGCAAGUGCAGAUGACUUUUCGCUCACCUCAACUGAGCGCGGAAUUCCGAGAUAUGAGCACUCUCACCUGGUCGCAGCUUUGGAUGUCAUCCUCGAGUACCAGAGAAAUCGAAAGACCACCUACUUCACUGUCCUCGGGACUCGGGCACAGACGAGUAUGGGAACAUAUCGACACGAUCCUCGCACCCGGCUCAUCGAGCUCUUGAAGCGGUGGCUUCGGACGCAUGCAGCAAAUCCAAACAUCACGGAGGACGAGGUGCGUCGGAUGUGUGGUCUUUGCCGAGACCUGCUCAACUAUCCGAACCUUUUUCCAUCCCGAAACAAGACCAGCUUCAUGCAUGCACUCAGCGAAGUCUACGAGCACAUGGAACUGCAGCUGCGGCAGGUUUUGGAACGUGACAGAACCUGCGCCGAGCUUGCGGCGAGAUGCUUGUCGCUGAGUCGCAACCUGAUCUCGGACGUGGUUGCGUUCUUGCUACUAGCGGCGACGCAUUUGACACAGACGGACGGCUUGCCUUCGCUUGAGGUGGUUGUGCUUUGGCAGUCACUCCCUGCAAGUCGCACCCCGCUGCCAAGUCGAACUGACCCCCAGCUCCAGAAGGUAAUGCAGGAUGCCUGGCAAACCAUGCUUGGAAUGCUGGUUAGUAACUUGCUCAGCCUUCGCUGGACCUUUCACCUGUUCGCUGGAAACGGGGCAGAGGAGGAGCUUGCACAUGCUGCGCCGGAAGGAAGCACGGCGCUGAUCGAGGCUCCGGAGAGCAUUCCUGCUGGCUUUCCCGCGCAAGUGAGACGGGUGCGAGAGGAGUUCGAGACAGGUCACUUCAAGACAAGCGGACUGGCUGGGCCUUUUCGGGAGCCAGCUCAGCAGGACGCGCGGGAGAACCUGCUAAUUGCUGUUGAAUCGCUCUUCGAUCUCUUGUAUUUGAUCGGAGAGGUGCUGUCACAGUUCCAUCGAAUCAGCGACAGCUUGGGCGACUACGGAAUGAUCCGCGUGGCUUUGUGGCUCCAUCCCUGUUUGGACUGCAUGGUAGAGAAGCUGCAGCGGCUGCAAAGCAGUUUGAAAGGUCUGAAUAGGGCUGUGGACGCAGAGUUGGUGAUUGCGAAAGCGCGUGGAAGAAGCUUGAAGAAGCCACUGCCUUCCGAACGAAUGUCUGCUCGCGGCCAUGCAGCCAUCCAGCGAGCACUCGAUGGACGGGACUGUCACUUGGCGGCCUUGCUCCAGAGCUUGGAGGAGCUGAAGUCUCACUCAUCACCGGAGAGACUUCCGCAUGUCGUUGAGGGCCUGGGCGAUGCUUGCUCUCAGCUCCAGAAUGUGCUCUCCUCCACACACUUUCGUGCACGUGUUGGUGAUGCCUUCCCACGGCUUCCUCCUUUAGCCAACAUGGGGAGGGCAAGCAGCCGGCCUGCGCUUCGUAUAGAAAACGGCUCCGCCCUCGAGGACGAAGCUCCGAUGGGUGACUACAGCGAGCCAGAGGAAGAACAGGCCACAAGCGCCUGUGUCCCAAUGCAUGGACCUCGAUGUAUCCCUCGAAGCAGUGCCGGCGAGAGGGCUCGUUCUCCCCAGCCAGCAACCAGCGCCGGGAAGGAUGCCAGUGCAGCAGCCCUUUCACUGCCCUUGCCGAAUCGUGAUCGGGCCAGAGAGGACAGCCCUGACAAAAGCGCGUUUCAGUCCUGUCUUUUCUUCGCGCAGGGGUCGUCGCGCAGGAGCGGGAGUGUGCCUGCCGCAAUCCGCGCGACCUGGCGAGCUCUGUGCGGAUUCAAGGAAACUGCCAUGCUGCCAGUUCCCCCUUUUCCGGCAUCGUUGCCUCCUGCACAUGACACUGUUGCACCACGUGCGCCCGACUCUGGCGCACCAUCAGACUUGGUGACCAAUCUCCCCAGCGACGGAUGGAUUUCCCACACUGGUCCGAGAGGCCGCACAUCUUGGCACCACAAAUCCCUGGGUCCUGCGCCAUGGGGGAAUCGGCCAGAGGACUACUCGACGCCUGCAAGCGCUCUUUCCGUGGCCGAUACGACCACCCUCAGUCCGCCUCGUGGUCCGAGACGCGACACGAAUCCCUUUUCAGAGGAUGUGAGACAGGAUCCGGUUGAGAUGGGGAUGCAGGGAAGCCAGACGUGUGAGGCUUCUCCCGAUGUGGCUCAUCUCUCCCCCCUGUCCUUCGGCGUUGACCGACGAAGCACGGCUGGGACUCUGGUAGGUGCUGACUCGAGCAUGUCUCUGCCGCGAGACAAAGAAUCGAUCAGGACUCUUUCAACAGAGUUUACGCCAUCAAGCACACCACAGGUUGCGCCAACGCGCAUUCCAGAGUGCGCUGACACGCCUUCGACAAGUUCGAGACUCUUGGGCGCAUCACCGGCAGUCGGCAAGAAGAUGCCACCUGAUGGAGACAGGGGGCGAGAGUCCCAUGCUGAACCCGGAAAGGCAACAGCUGGGACACCUUCGACCGGCUUGCGAGCUGGGUGCCUUCGAGCAGAGGUGCACAGACUGACGACUGGUGUUCAAGGAUGGAAGCGGCACGAUUGCCGAAGUCUACUAGUCACAGGCAGCCAGUUGCUCAUCUACGAGAAGGGCUCGGUUGACCAAGUCAAGACAGUUGUGGAUGUCGGAGCCGGCGAAGUGGAGAGGUGUUGCUUGGUCGGCCCGGGCAUCAUGUCCUUGGAAGUGCAUCGGAAGAAGCGACGCUCGUCGAGCCUGGGACGCUUUACAUCGCCGCACAGAGGAGGUGGGUCCCGGUCAGAUGCUCGGGAGCAAAAGUUGUACUUCUUCGAGUUCGACCAUGCGACUGCCGCUCAAGAGUUUUGCGAUGCUCUCGCGAGUCUGCAGCCGCUGCCGAACAGAUGA